GGCACUUUUGGCCUUGUCGUGUGCCAGGCAGCGCGGGUCCUGCUAUGGCCACGCUGUAUUUGCGCCACUGAAGGCAAGAAGGGUGACAAUUGCGUGUUUAUCUAGAUGAUGCAAAUGCUUCAGGUUGAGUCUUGUUGAGGCUUGGGAGUAUUUAUCGCUGGCCGUGUCCCCGCCGGCCAGAGUGAGGGGUGAGCCAGGCCAGGACAGGUGGGGGAGACACAGCUGCUGCCCCUUCAACGCCCACAGCUGGCCGCUACAUGCAUGGACGGGUGCCAGUUCUUCUUUGGCACUGUAGGAAAGCAUCAGAGAGGAGGAGCCUUUGGUCAGCAGCACUCAUCCCUUCCUCACAUUACCACCAAGGUCUCACCCUCACCCAGUCACAGCAACCAUUAAAACAAGCAAAUAAGUCACCAUUGACAGUCUACAGAAGUCCAGGAAGCCCGUCACCACUAAGGCCAUAUCAAGGGUGCUGGCCAACCUUCACCCCUGCAACCCUUGGACACAGAGGCUAUUUUGGUGUGUGUUGUCCCUUGGAAGGAUUAAGACAGUCCACCAUGGCGUCGUAUCCUUUCUUCGCCGAGUAUGCCAAGCGGGGGCAGGCCAAGUGUAAGACCUGCAAGGAGAAGUGUGAGAAGGGAAUACUUCGCCUUGGCAAGAUCACGUCCAACCCCUUCUCCUCGGGCGACACAAUGAAGAUCUGGUACCACACGGACUGCCUAUUCGAGAGCUUCAAGAAGGCCCGCGCCACCACCAAGAAGAUGGAGGACCCGGAGACGGAGAUAGAGAACUGGGACGAGGUGGAGCCGGAGGACAGGAAGAAGAUAAUGGGCCUGAUGGAUGAGCUUCAGGACGUGCUCGAGAAGAAGGCAGCCAAUACCCCAAAGAAACAGACCCCAAAGAAGCAACAGAAGGCCGAUACAACCCCACCACCGUCUGCCUCCAAGCCUGGCACCCCUGGUUCCAAGGGCGGCCACCAGGACCCCCCCACAGACCGCAAACACAAGGACAACUCUUUCAGGGAGUUCCGUCGCCUCUGCGCAGCCAUCGCCGAUGAACCAAGUUACCUCAGCAAGACCCAGCUGGUGUCGGACUUCCUCACGCGCGGCUCGGGGAAAGAUGGGUUCAAGGGUGACCUGCGGCUGUGGGUGAAGCUGCUGCUGCCGGGGGAGGUGAAGCGCGUCUACAACCUCCAGUCCAAGCAGCUGCUCAAACUGUACUCGCAGGUCUUCAACACAAGCCUGGAGGAGAUGAUGGAGGACCUUGAGCAGGGGGAUGUGGCGGAGACAGUGCGCAAGUUCUUUGAGGAGUCCCAGCAGCUCCCACCCGUCAAGAAGAGCAUACUGUCCCUGCAGGAUGUGGACGAGGCGCUGGAGGAGCUGAGUGGCAAGACCAAGGAGGAGGACCAGACGCUGACCCUCAGAGCCAUCGCCAAGAAGUCAACAGGGAAUGAUUUGAAGAUGGUGGUGAGACUCAUUAAAGGAGACCUGAGGAUAAACGCCGGAGCCAAACACAUAUUGUCGGGCGUGCACAGCGACGCGUACGAGGCCUUCCAGACCACCCGGGACAUUGACACUGUGCUGGACAAGAUCAUCUCCGGCAACACAGACGAGCUCAAAAUGUCGGCAACACUCCUCACCCCCGUCAGGCCCAUGCUGGCCGAGGCGUGUAAGUCAGUGGAGUAUGCGUUCAAGAAGUGUCCGAGCGGAGUGAUGUACGCGGAGGUGAAGUACGACGGGGAGCGCGUUCAGCUACACAAACAGGGGAGCGACUUCAAGUUCUUCUCGCGCUCCCUCAAGCCAGUCAUGCCGCAUAAGGUGGAGCACUUCAAAGACUCCAUCCCCAAGGCCUUCCCCGGCGCCAGCAACCUAAUUCUCGACGCGGAGGUGCUCAUGAUAUGCACCAAGACUGGCAACCUCCUCCCCUUCGGCACGCUGGGCAUACACAAGAAAGCAGCCUUCCAAACAGCCUGUCCCUGCCUGUUCGUGUUUGACUGUCUGCACUACAACGGCGAAGACCUCAUGAAUAAGCCUAUCUGUGAGCGGCGUGCAGUGCUGGAGAAGACGAUGGUAGAAGUGAAGAACCACGUCAUGUUCUCCGAGAUGGUGAAGAUCAAGCGACCGGAGGACCUGAGGGACAUGAUCGCCAGGGUGCUGAAGCAGGGGCUGGAGGGACUGGUGCUGAAGGACUUGCAGAGCAUCUACGAGCCUGGCAAGCGACACUGGCUCAAGGUGAAGAAGGACUACCUCAACGAUGGGGCGAUGGCGGACACUGCCGACCUGGUGGUGCUGGGUGUGUUCUCUGUGUUGCGUUGUGUUGCAGGCGGGAUGAUGUCUGUGUUCCUGAUGGGGUGUUACGACGAGCGCAUCAACAAGUGGUGCACCGUGACCAAGGUUCACACUGGGCACGACGACGCAGCGCUGGAGAGGCUACAGACUCAGCUCAAGAUGGACAAGAUCAGCCAGGACCCGUCACGCACGCCACCCUGGCUCAAGGUGAACAGGCCGCUGGUGCCUGACUUUGUGGCUUCUGACCCCAAGUGUUCCCCCGUGUGGGAGAUCACGGGGGCCGAGUUCACCCGCCAUCAGAUCCACACGGCUGACGGCAUCUCCAUCCGCUUCCCCCGAGUGACCAGGGAGAGACACGACAAGGACUGGAUGACCGCCACCUCCCUCGGCCAGCUGCAGGACCUCUACAAAGCCUCCAAGGAGUCCAUAAACAUUGACAGCCUGUUGGAGGGUGGCGACGGUGGUGAUGGUGAGGACUCAGGAGGGGCCAGCAAGACAUCCAAGACUCCCUCGCCCACCCCCUCCUCGGCCUCCACCCCCUCGUCCUCCUCCUCGGCGCAAAAGAAAGAGGCAGAAGAUAAGAGGACAAAGAAGGAGAAGACAGAGAGGAAAGAGAACUCAGAGAAGAGGAAGAGGAAGAAAGAACACGAGGAGAGAGGAAGUGUGGAGGAGGAGGAAGAGGGGCUUAAAAAGAAGGCAUGUGGAAGAGGAGCAACGUGUCAGAACAACUUGGAGGCCCACAGAACACUUUAUGACCACCCAGCCACCACUAGGACCUCCACCCCAACCAAAGCCAUCAGUGAUAAAGAGGUUGUCAUUCCCAGUAAGAUCAAGACGCUCCACAAAGCCCCAACUUGUAAUCCCCUCCCGGACGUCUUCGUGGGGGCCCUGGUGGUGCUGCCGCAGGACCUGACGGAGCGGGACGUGCUCACCCGGUACAUCGUGGCGUAUGGAGGCGAGGUGUUACCUGACUACCGGGCUAAUGAAGCAACUCACAUCAUUACCUCCAAACAGGACACAGGUGGGACGAAGGGGGCGGGGGUGUGGGUGCGAGAAGGCUGGGUCUGGGACAGCAUCAAACUACAGAGACUGAUGCCCGCCCAACUCUACAGGGCCUGAGAGAGAGAGAUUGUAAAGAGUAGUAUUGGGAAGAUAUGUCAAAUUGUACCUUUUCUUCCUUUUUUUUUCUUUCACCUUUCUUGUUUUCUUUAUACAUUCCAGAUAACAAUGCUCACACCUUGCUUUCCCCUCUUCAUCUUUUAUAAUUCACUUCUACAUCUUCUUUUGCUCUCAGCCACCUCAUUAUCUUUAUACAGUCCACUAUAUGUUGUCCUUUCUUUUUUCUCUCUUCCUCUCCAGUUUUAUUUUAAGUUCAUUGCAGAUAAGCUCAACCUCUUACACCUUGCUUUCCCUUCCUCAUCUUUCCAAAUUCAUUUCUACAUUUCCUUUUGCUCUCAGUCACUCCCUUAUCUCUAGACUGGCCAAUAUAUCUUUUAUCUCCUGCUGUCUUUCUCUUUCCUCUACAUCUUUUUUAGUACAUUACAGAUAAACUCAAUCCUCACAGCUUAUUUUCCCUUCUUCAUCUUUUCUUUUCCUCUCUUAUUCUAAUCUCAGUACUGUCCAUUGCGUCCCAUCUUCUGUCUUCCGCGAUCUUUCUUUUUUCCUCUUCAUUUCUUUUAACAUAAUGCAGAUAAACCCUAAAAUCUCACACCUUGCUUUCCCUUCCUCAUCUUCUCUUUCCCUCUGUCUCCUUAUCUCGGUACUGUCCAUUGCUUCCCAUCUUCUGUCUUCCGCGAUCUUUCUUUUUUCCUCUUCAUUUCUUUUAACAUAAUGCAGAUAAACCCUAAAAUC